CCAUCCGGGCUCGAGGAUCGCACUCUGUGUGUUGCCUUCCGCCGAGCGGCCGCGGCAGCUCCCGCCUCAGCCGAAGAAGAAACAACGCCGUCAGCACAAACUUCAGAAGGGAGGAGGAGGAGGAGGACGAGGAGGAGGUGUUUCUUCCCCCGCAGCCUCGGGGGUGCGAUGCUCGUACUCGCGGUCGCGCUGGGCCUCGCUGGGGCCGCCCAGCCGGGAGCCGCCUGGGCGAGCAGCGGCUGCGAGGUGGACACGGGGGGCACCUGCAACGGGUUGACUGACUCUGGUGCGACGCGAGCCGGGGGGCGACGUACUGCUCGAGGGGGCCCGUGGACUUCAAGUGCCUGUGCAGGCCAGGGUACUGUAACCAGCAUGGGAUGUGCGCACGAGACACAAGCCUCCCGCGAAUGUGCGACAUCGACCAAAGCGACCGGGAGUGUUUCCGGGGCGGUGGAAUUUCAAGAGUGCAGGGAGGCGGAGGAGUGCACGGGCAGACUGUACGGCGUGUGUCGCUGCAAGAAUGGUUUCUGUAAGAACGAAGCGGGCGAUUGCCUGGCGUCAAAUGUGCCGUUGAACGUGUCUUUUUUGCCGGACUCCUGGGAAAGCAUGUCGGCCGAUGAGGUCGAGCAGGUCGAUGGCGAUGGCAAAAGACUUGUGGUAGCCGUGGGCGUCGCUUUGACCUGCGCUCUCGCUGCUGUUUCCGCCGCCGUCUCCUUCGUAGCGGCGCGCAGGGCCUGGCACCGCACGGCCGUGUCCCAGCCGUUGUUGUCAUAG